AUGUCGGCCGAAGACGACUCCUCUGACCUCUCUUCCUUGUCUUCACUUUCGCCUGCACCUUUUGAUAUCGAGCUGGAUGAGCCAGCUGUUGAGUCCAAACCGAAGAAGGGCAUCCAGAAAUACUUCUCCAAAGCUAGAAAUCAACCGCCAAAGGAGGCUUCGCCUCCGCCUCGAAAACGGUCACCCUCACCACCUCAUGAAUAUGUAUUGGCCGACAAUCCUGAUAUUGCAUUUAUUGUAAUGUUCAGGAGCCGAUUCCACGAUGCAUUUCCGAAAUCGCUUGCCCAUUUCGGCCCCCAAGAACUCGAGCGCGAUGUUGUCGAACCUAUUCCUGGCGAGCGAGCCGAACACUUCCUUUGCGCGUUGCUAGGGUUACUAUUGAAUCGCAAGCAAGAUGUCAAGUACGGCAAGACCCUAAUCAGCAAAGCACAACAUGCUAAUGAAUUUUUCUUCAGGCCUGGUCAUUAUGGUCGCGCAUUGGAGGAUGCCGUCAGCUCCCACAAGAGCCAAUGGGCGCCUGCUUGGGAGGACAAAAGUCCUCUGUCUGGUGGUGCAACUUUUACCUCGAUGAAUCCUACACAAAGGCUCACACUGCUGCGAUACCUCAUUCUCUGGUCCCUUUCAUCCUCCGAAACCGUCAAAGCACUUAUCAACCAGUCUUAUAAGCAGAACCGCCACGAAGACGACCUCAAUCAACCUCGAGCGGUACAGCCUUGGGGAUCGGACGGCGACAAGCGUCGUUAUUUUCUGGUCGAAGGACAAGACGAUACAGCUUUCCGUGUAUAUCGAGAAAGCAACCCCGCUGGAUCGAACCGAACAUGGUGGAGCGUGGCGGGCACUAUCGAUGAGCUAAAGGCUUUGGCUGAGAAACUCGAGAUCAAGGACGGUGGCCCAAAAGCUACAAAGCUGGCCCAAAAGAUGUUCACAGCCGUUCCCCGGUUCGAAGCUGGCGAGGAGAAACGAAAGCGCCGUGAUUAUCGUCAACAGCGUAAAGAACAGUUCAAGCGACCUGAGCCUGGGUUUUCGCUUUACGAAGGCCGUACCAGAGGCAAGAAAAUGAAAUAUACAUAUUCCGACGACGAGGACAUCUUUACCACCGAUUCGACAACUCGACGCUCUACUCGCAAUACAGGAACCCACACCCCAGUCGAGACUGGCCCGGUCACCACCGCCAGCGGCCGUCAGAUCAAGGCGCCAACCCGACUGAACCCCACAACUGGAAGCAGUGCCCCUGGUAGUGUACAGGGAGACACAUCUGAUGUUGAGAAGGAGAGCUCUGUUGGCCCAACGGGACGGCCGCGACGAACAGCAGCAGUGAACCAUGGCACAAGUGGUUGGUCCGAAAACAACAAAGCUCCCAGACGCAAGGCGACUGAUGAUUCUGAUGAGGAGAGUGAGACUCAGUUUGGGGACGAUGAGGAAGAUGUCGACGAACACGUACCCGAGGAAUCAGAAGACGAAGAAGAGUUUGACGAAGACGAUCCAAUGGCCGAUGACGAUGAGGAAGUCCAGAACCGAAGUCUGGUUGUCAAGCUUUCAGUCACACCUCCGAAACUGCGGAAUGUCCUGGGAUCUAAUCCUCAAGCUGGAAACAAACUACCAACGCCGAGCUCUGACAUGGGGAACGAAGAACGUCGGCGUUCAGAGGCGCCUAAUGUCGAGAUGGAAGAUGCACCAGCGGCUACUCCCAGCAAGGAACCGCAAGCUACAACUCAGCAAUCUCCUAUCCCAGACCCCGACUCUGUUGAUCACCAGGAGAAGACAUCAGCAGUUAUUCAUGCUACAUCCUUGGCUUUUAGAGGGAGUCCAGAAAAGACGCAUGCACAGCCGGCUUCCCGGCCUCUUGAUGCUGGUGCAAAAGACGAGUAA